AAAAAUUCAUAUCAAAACCGGUGCAUGAUAACAAAAGCAUUUGAUAAAUAAUAUCUCUUUAUGAUGUAAUAGUAGUAUAGUAAUUAAGUAAUCAAAUAUACAGGCUAAGACAUUUUAAAACUGGACAUUCUUGCAUUGGCAAACAAGAAAUCACAAUAUGGGCAUUCUAUACUGCAGCAUGUCAAAUACAAUGAAGGAUAUAUGUAGUAUGUCUACUAUAAAGCUUGCUAACCAUAUUUUGCGCUUGCAUCGUCCAAAUCUAAAGCAGUCUUCAUUCUAAAUCAUUAUCAAUUGCCCAGUUUCAAAAUUACCCUACCUGUAUAACUGGUAUAAGUGCAUAACCGUAACAAGUAAUGAUUAAUGAAAAUUUUGUUUAACCAUCAGUUAGAUGUUUUUAGUAUUUUUAGUUAUAGCUUUAUGAUAUUAAUGACAGGAGGAAAUCAAUUUUUUAUAUAUAUCAACUCAACUCAAAAGCUAUUCUAAAACAUUUAAAAGAAAAUUGUGGCCCAUUUGACCAUCUGAACCUUCCAGGGCCAUCCCAGACUAGUUGCUGCCUUGGCAAAACUCUAUUCUCAACUAAUAGGUAGAGAAAUCAACCCACAAACUGAGAUAGUGACCACUUUAGGUGCAUAUGAAGCACUGUAUUCUACUAUAACAGGACAUGUAGAUGAUGGCGAUGAAGUUAUAAUUAUUGAACCAUUCUUUGACUGCUAUGAACCUAUGGUCAAGUAUGCUGGUGGCGUGCCCAGAUUCAUACCUUUGAGAUUAGUAAGUGUAAAAAACGUUUGCUCUUACAUAUUCCACCAGAAUUUUCCCGAUUCAUACAUGCCGGCGCAAAAAUAAACAUAAAUACUGUGGUGCCGCCAACCACUAAUGCCGUCGACAGCCGUCUCUAGGUGUCAGUGUUGCCACCUAUUUCGCACUUUUAAAAAAUAACAUAAUAAACAUUUAAUGUCACAACUGUCCAAAAAUUUACAUAUGUCAAGUGUAGUUGUAGUAUGUACAAUGAUCCUCACUACAGACUAAGAAUUAGGAGACAAACAAAUGCUUGACUGGCUGUUUCUACCUAGUCAGAAAUCGUUCGUUUUUAGUUCGUUAGAGUAUGGAGUAGAAAUACGCAACUAAUAAUAAAAAAUCACCCUUAAAAUUGAUCACAAUUAACUGUAUGGCUAAAAGGGAUCUCGUUGUCCUUCAUACCUACACAGAAGUAACUGAACAUCCAAAUAUUCAAAAGGGAAUCAAUGAUCUUUGUAUAUUUGAAAGCUAGUUGUUUUGCAACAUCAUAAAAUGAGAUAACUAGUAUUUUUUUAUAGAAAAGUGAAGUUAAAGGGAGACUUCCUUCCUCUGGUGAUUAUGUUCUGGAUCCUAAUGAGUUGGAGAGCAUGUUCAAUACAAAAACAAAAAUAAUCAUUUUGAAUACACCCAACAAUCCUUUGGGAAAAGUGUUUACAGAAAAAGAAUUAGUGCAUAUAGCUGAUUUGUGCAAGAAAUGGAAUGUACUCUGCAUAUCCGACGAGGUGUAUGAGUGGUUAGUUUUCAAACCAAAUAAGCACAUUAGAAUUGGUAAUACUAUUUUCAAGAAGAAAUACACAGGUCUACAUAUGAAUUGACAUGAUUAUUAUAACUCUAUUGAGAAUCAAAAUGAAUCCGUUUUAUUAUACAUAUUAGAAGCUUGACAGGUGCAUCUGUAGACCUGUGCGACUUAAAAUAUAACUUAAUGGUCGAGUUUUUGUAGCUACCCUACCUGGAAUGUGGGAAAGAACUCUUACGAUUGGAUCAGCGGGAAAAACGUUUAGUUUAACUGGUUGGAAACUAGGAUGGGUAUAUGGACCUGCUAAUUUGAUGGUCAAUAUUCAGAUGAUCCAUCAGAAUAGUGUGUAUACUGGAGUAACACCCAUUCAGGAGGCAGCUGCCAUCGGAUUUGAGACAGAACUUCCACGGUUAGGAACUGAUGAAUGUUAUUUUAUAUCUAUGCCUAAAGAAUUGGAGAAAAAGAGAGACUAUACGGUCAAGUUUUUGAGCGACGUAGGAAUGGUACCAAUUGUACCUGAAGGAGGAUAUUUUAUCAUUGCUGAUUGGUCACCACUGGAAUCAAGAGUUGAUAUAAAUUCGGAGAAAGAUAAAUACAAGGAUUAUAGAUUCACGAAAUGGAUGACGAAAAAUGUAGGACUGCAGGGAAUCCCACCUACUGCUUUCUACAGUGUUGCACAUAAACCAUUGGCUGAAAAUACUGUCCGAUAUUGUUUCAUGAAGAAAGACGAAAAUCUUGCCAAAGCUGCCGAAAUAUUGAAUAAGUGGAAAAACUCAAAAUAGGAAUAAUAUGUGAUACUGACGCAACCCUUCUUUAUACAAUGUAAAAUAUUUUUGACUAAAGAUUUUAACACUGUUAUAAAUA